GGAUAUUCACUUCAGAUCCGUCUCAGCGGGACUCGAUCACGGUCGGAACCCGGUCAUGGAUUUACGUGUGUUUCUGCUGCUGCUGUUCCUCUGCUCGGAUCAUGGAGUCAACGCAAAGCCCGCUAGAGGCCGCGGCUUCAUCGGGCACGUUGACCCGGAGGAUUCCAAGCUGGUGCGAGUGGACCCAGUGACAGCGAACACGCUGAGGAGCGCCACCACGACGGUGUUCCUCCCGAUUGUCUACAUCGUGGUUUUCGCUGUGGGGCUGCCCGCCAACGGCAUGGCCAUCUGGGUCUUCCUCUUCAGGACCAAGAAGAAGCACCCGUCCUCCAUCUACAUGGCCAACCUGGCGCUGGCCGACCUGCUCUUCGUCAUCUGGACGCCGCUGAAGAUCGACUACCACCUAAGGGGGAACGACUGGACUUAUGGGGAGCCGCUGUGCAAAGUCCUGAUGAGCUUCUUCUACGGGAACAUGUACUGCUCGGUGCUGUUCAUCGCCUGCAUCAGCGUGCAGCGCUACUGGGUGGUGGCCCACCCGCUGUCCCAGCAGAGGAAGAACAACAAAGUGGCCGUCGGCGUGUGCCUGGCCAUCUGGGCUUUCAUCUGGCUGACCACCACGCCACUCUACCUGUACGACCACACGGCCAAGCUGAAGGACCCCAACAUCACCACCUGUCACGAUGUCAACGUCAUCCAAGACCCAAAUGACCCCUUCGCCUCUGUCAAGCUGCCGUACUUCUACUUCAUCUUCAUGGCCCUGGUGGUGUUCCUGGUGCCGUGCAUCAUCAUCAUCGUGGCGUACAUCCUCCUGCUGAAGGCUCUGGGCAACUGCAUGGACGACAACACCGGAGCCAAGAACCGCCAGAAGGCCGUGAUCCUGAUCGUGACCGUCCUGAUCACCUUCGUCAUCUGCUUCAUCCCCAGCAACAUCAUGCUGGUGGUUCACUACUCGCUGGUGAAGGACGGCGUGACCAACAACGGCUACGCCUUCUACGUCACCACACUGUGCCUGGCCAGCCUCAACAGCAUCCUGGACCCCUUCAUCUACUACUUUGUGUCCGAGGACUUCAGGGACCACGUGAAGAACACGUUCCUGUGCCGCAGCAGCAGGACGGUGGAGCAGAUGCGGGUGUCCUUCAGCUCCAUGAAAUACUCGCGCAAGAGCAAGUCGUACGUGUCGGGGAACACGCAGAGCAGCACAUGCUAGUCCCCGGACUCGAACUCUUGCACUGUGUGACCUCACUCCUCCAGUUCACCAAGGACAGACCUUUAAUGUGAAGGGGAGGAAAGCUUCUUGAGGACCUUCAAUGCUGCAGUUACGUUCCCAUUGCUUUUACCUCCAGCUGUGUUUUCAAUGGCUUCACUGUCAUUCUUCACCUGAGGGCGUGAGCCCCUGGGCGUAAAUAAAAUACUCUGAUGCGAAAAUACUUGCAUCAGAGUAUUCCAAAAAUCUCUGCUACUGCAUUUCUCCAUCACUAAAAUCUGUUUCAACUGAGUCACAUGACUUCCAAGGAGGGAGUUGAAUGUUACUGACCCUGAAGCUGCUCUAGAUGCUCAGGACUCUUCACCUUCUCCACCUACUUGAUCCCGUCUUGCACACAUUCAACCUUCACCUCAGUUUAAAAAUAUGAUGCUAAAUCUCAAAUGUUUUUUCCUUAAGUCUAUUUUUUUAGUUCUAAGCUCCAGCUUUUGAAUUUGAAUUUUAGACCAAAUCAAAUUCCUUAUCAACUUAAGAGCUUUUCUUUCCGCAGCGUUUUUAAUUUUGAUUAUUUAAAUAUGAUAGUUUGUGUAGCUGCUGUUGCUUUGUUUAUGAAAUAUGUCAUUGAAACAUCGAAAUGAUAAUUCACUCUGUGAUGAAAGUGCCAAUGUUUGACUGAUACUGUGACGUCAGCAACUGUUAUUUUAUUGCGCAGUCAGUAUAUAUUUAAUGUUUUAGCGUAAUGUGUCAUUGAUCCCGAAAUAAAUUGUAGUUUCUGUGAAACUUC